UUAGUGGCUAUUUGUGAAAUUUUCCCCUCGUUAGAUAUGCUAAUUUAUGUUUUUGCCAAUUUGGAUUUUGGUCUCCAUACGGUGCCAUUUUUACUAUUAAAGCUCAACGCUCCACGCAUCUGAAGUCUCAUCCUCUCGUUAGUCUCUGCAAAUCGAAAAUCAAAAUUAAAGCUUAGCAGAUUUCAUUUGAGUAGGAAGAAGAAGAAGACGAUGUCGUCUAUUGGAACUUCUAAGGGUGUAUUAGAGAUAGUAAAGUUCGCAGUAUACGUAUCAGUUCCAAUUGGUCUCAUGUACAUAUUUGCCAACAACAACAAAAAUCUUCAGAAAGUCAUGGGACAUCGUGAAUAUGUAGUUUAUCCUACAGAAACUGUAAGGCCCCAAUCGCCCGAGGAACUGAGGGAGAUGGCAAAAGAAAUAGGUCGUAAGAGAGAGAGGGACCAAGCAAUGCGGAGCUGAGGAAGACGUGCAACCCACAAAAUGAAGAGGCGUAGAAGUAUUUGUAGGUCUGUUAGUAAUGCUUGCACAAAGGAACAUCCUGAUUCCUUUCUGUGCCGCGAAGAGAUGGAUGUGCUAUUAUUAGUGUUCACCAAUAAGUGAGUUUGUUGCCAAUAAAACUGUGUAGCAAAGCCAUUGAUUGUAUACUGCCAUUUCUGUGUUUGAUUUAUCUUUCCUUUUAACAUACUUGUAACAGUUAAACAGAAGUUGGAACACUCCCUUUCUUCACAAAAAAGGUGUUUCUGUCCCCUUUUUUUCUUUGUAACACAGCAUCAUUACUAAUGUGAACCAUCUUCAAUUGUUUGCUCGAAAA